AUGGAACGAGUUUAUUGCAAUAUUUGUUUUGAAAAAAUAAAAAACGAGCAGCCUGAUGCUAGUUUUGCUUCAACUACGAAGCUUAUUAGCAUUUAUAAGAAUACCAGUAGUACAGGAAAUAUGAAAAGUCAUUUGUUAGCAACUCACCAAGUAACAGAUUCACAACAAACAAAAACGACAAACCAACAUAUUCUUUCCAUGUUUUCUCGAGAUCGUUGCACCACAAAGUCAUCGCAAUUAAAACAACAAUUAGGACAUCAAUUGACAUUAAUGUGUUGUAGAGAUCUUCUACCAUUUCCCAUCGUUGAAAAUGAAGGUUUUCAAGAUUUUUUGCUUUCUAAUAAAGUUGUUAAUUUAAAAUCUGAAAUUCCAUCACGCACCACGUUAUCACCUGCUAAUCUCAAUAAAAUAUAUGAUGUUUGCUAUCAAAAAACAAAAGAAUUAUUAAAACCAGCAAUAAAAUUUCCUACAAUAACAUGUGAUAUAUGGUGCGACAAAUACAAGCAUCGUUCAUAUAUUUGUUUCACAAUACAUUUUCUUGAUUCAAAUUUCCAAUAUCACCAUUAUAGCAUGAAAACACAACCAUUUGACGAAUCACAUACUGGUGAAGCUAUAAAAGAUCUUUUUCUAACUGUUUUACAUGAAUUUGGUUUAACCUCGAAUAAUAUAAUUGUAGUCUCUGAUCAAGGUUCGAAUAUGCGCAAAGCAUGGAAAUUAUUGAAGGUGAUUCAUACAUUUUGUAUUGGACAUGGCAUUCAUAAUUGGCUGAUGACAGAUUGUAUUCCUGAAAUGAAUUUGGUACCAAAUUUAUUAGAUAAUGUUCAAAUGAUCAUUAAUAAACUUCGUUAUCGUCAACAUGAACUUGAACAUGAAUUCCUUCGAUCGAAUGAAAUGAUAAACAAUGAUUUAUUAUCAACAAUAAAUAAAGCUGGUGAACUUUUAGAUGCUGAUGCAGCUUCACCAUAUAUUAAUUUUGAAACCUUGGAUGAGAAUAUGAUAAAUAAUGAUUUUAGAAAAUCACCGUUAUCCAAUAAUUUACAAUUCAAUUCUAAACAAAUUCAAUGUUCAACAAAGUCGAAUUCUUUAAUGUCAACGAAUCAAACAGAUCCAGAGACAUUUCAUACAUUAAAAAAACGUGUUUUAACUCGUUGGAAUACGAUUUUAAUUAUGCUGCGUUCUUAUAUUGAUAACAUAUCUGGCAUUGAAGUUUUAUUACAACGAUUAAAGUAUUUUGAUUUAAUUUUAUCAGCUACUGAAAAUCAAAUUAUUUAUGAUUUAGUGGAGUUUCUUGGUUUACUAGAAGCAGCAACAACAAUUCUAUCUGCAUCAAAAUCUUAUACAACGAUGGAUUUAUACUUGUUAUUACGAAUGGAAAUCGAAUCCACGUUGAAUAUUACUGAAAUGGAAUCACCUGUUAUUCGUGAAUUGAAAAUUCUUCUAUUGGACAACCUGAACAAGAGAUUUCCGGUGGUUUCAUUACAUAUUUGCGCUUUUCUACUUGAUCCAGCGCAAUUGAAAAUCGAUAUUACUCGAUAUCUAGCACAAAAUCAAACAACAAAAGAAUUAACAUUAUUAGAUAUGAUGAAAAAGUUUCGAAUCCAUUAUGAUCCACAAGUAUCUACAACGACAACAGAAAAUACAUCAAUAUCUUCACAUUCAAGUGCACGUACAGCAACAUCAUCGUCGAAUAUGAAACGUAAUUUGUCGAUCGAGAAUUUGAACGAGCCUGUACACAGUUUGAAGAAACUUCGUAAGAAUUUGAUUCAAAAACAUACACCAAGUUCACUGCCUGUCGUUGAUCCUAUUGCUAAUGAGAUUGAAAAAUAUUUGAAGCUAGACGUCAGCUGUGAUGAUUUACUGGAGUUCUGGCGACUAUCAGGCGACACAUUUCCACAUUUAAAACGUCUUGCGCAAAUUAUUCUUGCAAUACCUGCUACAUCGACACCUAGCGAACGAGUUUUUUCGACAACUGGAUUGAUACUCAACGCUAAACGAACUAUGUUACUGCCAGAGAGUGUGGGCAAAAUACAAAUGAUCCAUGGUAACUAUAGCUGA